GUUUUUGCUCGUAUGCUGGAAACUGGAAAGCAUGGCUGCCAUCAUUGUUGGAUGCGCAGUUGCGCACCCAUCAAAGAAUCUUUCUUUCCAUCGCACCCAUCAAAGAUUUAUGCUUGUUGAGUUCAGUUCCGUGUUCUGCUUUUUCUCGUCGUUGGGAAAUAAUUGGAUAGCCACAAGAUGACUCUCUCUGCCAAAUAAUUGCCAAGUGAGCAAGCAACUGGAUAAGUAUGGGCUAUGGAGCUCUUUGAUUAAACAAAAACAUGAUUUUCCAUUCCCGGGAAUCGAGGAAUUAUUAAAGGAAAGUUGAAGAUAUCAACUAUUGCCAAACGCUAUGGUCUCCUCAAUCCGGUCAAAACUUCGCAACUUCAUCGCAACAAUGGCGGCUCCACCUGAUCUUAGGCUAUCUCUUGCAUUCACCGCCGGGGAACCCUUUCACUGCCCGCCCUCUUCGACGGUCACUAGUUCUUCGUUUCUGGGAUUUCUCCGAAACUGCCCUAAUUUGGCCAGUACAAGAAUAGCGAAAGUCCAUGAUCACCGGUUCCACUUAUCGCCUUCAGUUGGGAGAAAAGCUCUGAAGCUCCAUACCUCUGUUAGUUGCGAUGGAUUUGCCCAAGAAACGGGAAACUCUGAAGUUGAGUGCUCGCCUAACGCUCAAAGCGGAUUGGACUUUGAAGAGAUGAAACAGAGAUUUCUGAGUUUUAAGAAGCAGACGUAUAUGAAAAAACUGGAACAUUUCCGAGCUCUCGCUGAAAUGCAAUUCCCAAAGUUUAUGGUGAUUGCCUGUGUAGACUCCAGGGUUUGCCCCUCGAACAUCCUGGGAUUUCAGCCUGGGGAAGCUUUUAUGAUCCGUAAUGUUGCAAACAUCGUCCCUCCUCUUGAGUGUGGCCCUACUGAAACCAAUGCUGCCCUGGAAUUUGCUGUAAACACUCUCCAGGUUGAGAAUAUAUUCAUCGUUGGCCAUAGCGACUGUGCUGGUAUUCAAACUCUCAUGAGUAUGCAGGAAGAGAACUCCAGGUUUUUAAGUUACAUGAUUUAUUACUCAUUCCCCUUUCGCUUUGGUUUCUGUAUGCUGAGUCUCUAUCAGGUUAACUCAAUUUUUGUUCCAUUCUGUUAUUGUAGCUUCACCGAGAAAUGGGUUGCCAAUGCAAAAGCUGCCAAGUUUACGGCAGAAGCUGACGCAUCUCACCUCAGCUUUGAACAACAAUGCAAGCAUUGCGAGAAGGAAUCAAUCAACCGUUCCCUGCUCAACUUGCUGACUUAUCCAUGGAUUGAAGAGAAAGUAAGUAAAGGGUUGUUGAGUGUUCAUGGAGGGUAUUAUGAUUUCCACAACUGCACGUUUGAGAAAUGGACGAUCGAUUACGAGGAAAGCAGCAUUGGCCAAGGCAGAUUGUCAGUUAAAGACACAGUUCUCUGGUGCUGACUGCUGAACAUAUUUCCGCCUAAGCUGCUUCUUCUUCUCAGUUGUAUAGUAUUGUGUAUAAAAUGUAAGCCCUGUAAUGUGAAUUGUAAAAUGCUUACCCAUUUGCUGCUCGGAGUGCUGCGAAAGUGUUGUUUAUCUGACGAUACUUUGAUUUCCGGGUGCUGAAUGCAAUUCCAUAACAAAACUUAA